GGCUGUUUUUGUAGCCGCGGAAGACGCACCCUCGGCUGGGCUGAAGCGCCGCUGUGUGCCGGAGGAUGCUGCGGGAGUAACGGCUCUCAGAGAUGGGGAAGGACCAGGAGCUGCUGCAGGCGGUGAAGACCGAGGACCUGCUCACCGUGCAGAAGCUGCUGCAGAGGCCCCGGCCAGGGAAAGCAAAGCUCCUCGGUUCUGCAAAGAAAGUUAAUGUCAACUUCCAGGAUACAGACGGGUUUUCUCCGUUGCAUCAUGCGUCGCUCAACGGGAACCUGGAGCUCAUCACGCUGCUGCUGGAGUCUCAGGCUGCUGUGGACAUCAGAGACCAGAAAGGUAUGCGGCCGCUGCAUUACGCCGCCUGGCAGGGGAAGGCGGAGCCGAUGAAGAUGCUGCUGAAGUCCGGCUCGUCUGUGAACGGCCAAUCAGACGAGGGCGAGAUUCCUCUUCACCUGGCGGCGCAGCACGGACACUACGACGUGUCUGAGAUGCUGCUGCAGCAUCAGUCCAACCCCUGCAUCGUGGACAACGCUGGGAAGACUCCUCUGGACCUGGCCUGUGAGUUCGGGAGAGUCGGGGUGGUGCAGUUGUUGCUCUCCAGUAACAUGUGUGCUGCUCUCCUGGAGCCUAAGAAAGGCGACACGACGGACCCCAACGGGACGUCUCCUCUGCACCUGGCCGCUAAGAACGGACACAUAGACAUCAUCAG